CAAUGCAUCUGUGAAUUUCGGACUACAUCUCCCAGCGGGCGGUGCGGCGGGCGGGCUCUCUCCUGCGCUCAGCUGGGCGGGGUGGUGGCGAAAAUAUCAGGACUGAGGCGUGUUGAAUUGUCCAGGCCCCACAGUUAUGCCUGACCUCUUCCCGACGUGAGAUGUUGCCCCGGGGGAUCGCCAGAGCGUCGCCAGUCCCGUCCCGCCUGCCGCCUUCAGGCCACAGCUGAGCAGCUUGGGAAGGGAUGUGGGCGUCCCCCUCCUCGCCGCCCCAGCCCAGCCAUGGCCGAGGGGGCAGCCCCUCGCUGGGAGAGGUGCGUGAAGGAUUCCUGUGUCCCCUCUGUCUGAAGGACCUUCUAUCCGUUCAGCAGCUCCAAGCUCACUACGAAGAGGCGCACUCCAGCGACGAUGAUGGACACAUGGUGGGCCAGAUUAAAACCUUCCUCGGCCGAGCGAAGCGCAAGCUCCUGAAGAGGGACGAGUCGGGCCAGCUGGAGCCGGAGCCCCAGGACCUGGUUUACACGGGCGGAGUGGACACCAGCAAGUGGGAGCCUCAGGACCUCGGCGUGACCAGGAGCGUGAGGAGCAAGUUCCAGCAGUGGCGAGGAGCCCGAAUCAACCACUACGUCAUUGAGGCCAACAAGUUGCUGAUCCGCUUGGAAAAGCUGAUCGCCUUUGACCGAACAGCUACAGACCCUGCCAAGAAGAAAGCCCUGGAGCGCUCAGUGGUGAGCUGGGUGAGUGACCGGGACGUGCCCUACUGCCCCGACUGUGGGGCCCACUUCUCCCUCACCCUGCGGCGCCACCACUGCCGUCUGUGCGGCUCCAUCAUGUGCAAGCGGUGCUCCCACUUCCUGUCCGUCCACUUUGCCCAGAGGCUGACGAGCGCGGUCAGGGCCUCGGUGACGGCAGGGAGUGCGCCGCUGGGGUCAGAGCGCAUGCCGAGCGGCGGGGAGAGCAGCCGGAGGUCCAGCGUGUCGAGCGUGGGCUCCCUGCUGGAGGACGGUGAGGACGACCGCAUCGUCUCGUGUGGGCACUGCAGCAACGUCCUCGAGAGGCAGGAGAGGAGGCUGGAGGAGAGGGAGAGUUCGCCCGUCAUCUGCCAGCUCUACCAGAAGCUACGUUCCUGCAUCGUCCGGGUGGAGGAGUUGGCCCCCGAGUACGGGAAGAUGGCUGACUCUCUGAAUGCGGGGGAGAGCACGUUCGGGCUGGAGCAGGCAGUUCAGCUGAGGAUGGAACUGAUGAAGCUGUACGAACGCAUCGACCUUCUCAGCAAGAAGAUCGCCUCGCUGGGAAUGAGUGGGGGGCCCCCUCCACAUCCCAAGGCUCUGCAACUCCAGAAGAUGAUCCGCAUUUCGGCCACCCACUUCCUACAAGAGAAACUGCUGGGCCUGACCAGUCUCCCUAGCCUGGAGAAACUGGAAGAACUGAAGGAGAAACGAAGGCAGAGGGAUUUGGGCGCCCCGCCCGUGGGA